GAGCGGGGCCUCGCCGGCACCCCGGGGCGCUCCGCACCGGAGCCCACCCCCCCGGUCCCUCCCGCGCCCCCCGGUGCCGCCCGCACCAUGCCCGAGCAGCUCAGCGUGGCCGAGUUCCUGGCGGUGACCGGCGAGGACCUCAGCUCCCCGGCCGCCGCCGCCUUCGCCCCCAAGAUGCACAAGUGCCGGGGGGCGGUGGGGGCUCUAGAAGAGAGCCUGGAUGGGGACCAAGCCGUGCUCCAGAGGAUCAGGAAAUAUGUGAAAGCCAUUCAUGUCUCCGGGCUCACCCAUGUGGAGAAUGAGGAACAGUACAGCGAGGCCCUGGAGAGCUUCGGGAACAACCACCUCUCCCAGAACAACCACGAGCUUUCCACCGGCUUCCUCAACCUGGCCGUGUUCACCCGCGAGGUCACUGCACUCUUCAAGAACCUGGUACAGAACCUGAAUAACAUCGUCUCCUUCCCCCUGGACAGCCUGCUGAAGGGGCAGCUGAAGGACGGGCGCCUGGACUCUAAGAAGCAGAUUGAAAAAGCCUGGAAGGAUUAUGAGACCAAAGUGGGGAAGAUGGAGAAGGAGAAGGAACGAGCCCGCUUGGCCGGGGUCAUCCAGCCCGAGCCGACCGCAGCCGAGGUGGCCGAGGACAUGCAGAAGGAGCGGCGGCUCUUCCAGCUCCACAUGUGCGAGUACCUGCUGAAAGCCAGUGAGUCCCAGAUGAAGCAGGGACCAGAUUUCCUGCAGAGCCUCAUCAAGUUUUUCCAUGCACAACACAAUUUCUUCCAAGACGGCUGGAAGGCUGCCCAGAACCUCUACCCCUUCAUUGAGAAGCUCGCUGUGUCCCUCCAUGCGCUCCACCAAGCGCAGGAGGAGGAGGUGAAGCAGCUCACACAGACCCGCGAUUCCCUCCGCAGCAUCCUGCAGCUGGAGAACAAGGAGGAAAACCUGAGCAGGAAGAACUCCGGCAGUGGCUACAGCAUCCACCAGCACCAAGGGAACAAGCAGUACGGGACAGAGAAGUCAGGGUUUCUCUACAAGAAGAGUGAUGGGAUCCGCAAAGUGUGGCAGAAGAGGAAGUGUGGGGUGAAGUACGGCUGUCUGACCAUCUCGCACAGCACGAUCAACCGUCCCCCCGUCAAGCUGAACCUCCUGACCUGCCAAGUGCGGCCCCACGCCGAGGAGAAGAAAUGCUUUGACCUGGUGACACACAACAGGACAUACCACUUCCAAGCGGAGGACGAGCAAGAGUGCAUUGUGUGGGUCUCGGUGCUGCAGAACAGCAAGGAUGAAGCCUUGAGCAAUGCCUUCAAGGGGGACCCCAGCAGUGGCGGGGCAGCGGCGGGCGGUGGGGCGGAUGGUGGCGUGCAGGAGCUCACCAAGGUGGUCAUCAGCGAGGUGAAGAACAUGCCUGGAAACAAGCAGUGUUGUGACUGUGGGGCCCCGGACCCUACGUGGCUCUCCACCAACCUGGGCAUCCUGACGUGCAUCGAGUGCUCCGGCAUCCAUCGGGAGCUGGGCGUGCAUUACUCCCGCAUCCAGUCCCUCACGUUGGAUGUCCUCAGCACCUCUGAGCUACUGCUGGCUGUCAGCGUGGGGAAUACCCGCUUCAAUGAGAUCAUGGAGGCCACGCUGCCCAGCCAGGACUGCCCCAAGCCCUCGGCCAGCAGCGAUAUGGCUGCCCGCAAGGAAUACAUCGUGGCCAAGUACAUGGAGCGCCGCUACGUGCAGAAAAGCGGGCGCGAGGACCCCCAUCGCCUCUGGGAAGCCAUUCGUGGCCGGGACCUCCUGGCCCUGCUCCAGGCCUUUGCCGAGGGCCAGGAUCUGGCCAAGCCCCUGGCCAGCCCCGAGGGCCAGGACCCGGGCGAGCUGGCACUGCACAUGGCCGUGCGCCACGCUGACAGAUCAUCUCUUCCUCUGGUGGACUUCAUCAUCCAGAAUGGGGGGAUGCUGGACCGGGUGACGCAAGACGGGAACACGGCUUUGCACUACAGCGCGCUCUACAACCAGCCCAACUGCCUCAAGCUACUCCUGAAAGGCAAAGCCACCUUCACCACUGUAAACGCAGCAGGAGAGACGGCUUUGGAUGUGGCAAGGAGGCUGAAGCACACCGAGUGUGAGGAGCUGCUGGAGCAGGCACAGGCAGGGAAGCUCUCCCUGCAGAUCCACGUGGAUUACGACUGGGAGCCCCCCCAGGAGUUCCCCUAUGACAGUGAGGAUGAGCUGGAGGAGAAGGUCAGCCCCCUCCAGCGCUCCUUCAAGGGCACGUCACCGCUGGCCACCAGCCCCCCAGCCGCCUGCCCCCAGACCCGCUGGAGCUGCAUGGGGAUGGACAUCACCAACAAGACCUACGAGAGCAUCCUGGUGCCCUCACGCCCCGUGCCCCGCCGGGCCCACAGCGAGGAGAUCCCCCCUCCGCUGCCCCUCAAAAACCCCACGCGGGGCAGCGCCCGCCCCAAGCCCAGCCACAGCCCCACUGAGCGCCCUGAGCUGCCCCGGCAGACGUCGGAGCCCCACUUCUCCGGGCUCCCCUCUGCCGGCAGUGUGGGUGCCCUGGAUGGCACCACGGGACCCCCCGGCACCCGCAGCCCCACUGAGAGCCGGCGGGCAGCGUACUGGGAGACCCGCUCCGAGACAGAGACCAGUGCGCGGCGGGGGCCAGAGCUGAGCCCUACGGCGAGCAGCACAGCCCCUGACAUCCCCCCCGUCAAGUUUGGCAGCUCCGAGAGCACCCGCUCCUACCGGCGCAUCAGUGGUGGGGGGGGCAAAGCGGGCUCAGCUGUGUGCCCCCAGAGCCCUGGUGAGGACCCCAAUGUGAGCAAGGUGCCCCCUGUGCCCAUGCCCAGGAGAUUCGCUCCGGCCAAGGGGAGGCAGAAGCGGGUGAAGGCGGUGGCUGACUGCAAGGGGGACAAGGCACGGGAGCUGACCUUCUCCAAGGGAGAGGUGAUCGUGGUGACACGGGAGGAGGACGAGCAGAGCUGGGUCGGCUUCAUCGAGGGUGAUGGUUCCCGCACCGGAGUGUUCCCCGCCAGCUUCGUGCACCUCCUGCAGGACUAAUGGGUGCCCAUGGCCCCUUUCCCCUCCUGCCCUUGGCUGGGCCCUGAGGCAGCUCCCACUAUCCUCGGCAGGGCCGGGACCCUGCUGUGGGACCAUGCAGUCCCCUUCCAUUGGGAAUACCAUCCAUGGAUGGUGGCUGUGGGGAGCUGAAGGGCUGCUGCCCGCCCUGUGGGUAGGGCAGAGUCCAGGCACGCUCGCUGCACUGAUGGGCUGAGAUGUCCCUUGGUGUCCCCUGCUCCUGCUGCUCUCCCAUGGGCUCUGCUCAUCCCUGGGGCUUUCUUCUCUCCUGUCCGCAUGGAUGUGGGGAUGGAGGAGCUGCACUGGGUGCCCCUCACCCUUCUCUGCUGGGGAGCCAUGGACCCCCCUUCCCAGCUUGGGGGCUUUUCGGGGGGGACAGGGCUGGGGAGCAGCUGUGUCCCCCCUGUCCUUCUUCUCUACCCCAACUGUGAAGCCUUUGGGAUGAGGAGGGAAUAGCAAAGGGCUUAUUGACCUCUCCUUGGGGGGCUGGUGGGCUCUGGGGGUGCUUCCAAGCUUCCUCAAGCCUGGUAGCACAAUGCCAUUCCCUGCUUUGGGGGGGGUCAGGUGGCACCACAGAGCUCCUGCCCCAUGUCCCUUGCCUGGGGUGGGUGCUGGAUCACCGCCCCAGCCCUGGGGGGCUCUUCAAGGGGAUUUUACAGCUGUUUGUGGGACCAAUGUCCCCCCGUGCCGGUGCCCUUUGGGAGCCACCUACCUCCGUACCCCCAAUUCACCCCAUUCCCUUUCUCCUUUUGGGGUCAGAUGUUUCAUCUCAAACUAUUUUGUUCAUGUUUUCUGUCUGUGGUUUCUAAUAAAACCAUGGGUUUUGUAA